ACAGGACGCGCACUGAGCAGGUCUACCCAGCAGGACCAGGACUCUCCUGUUUUGGACGCACGGCUCCACCAUGCUGAGCACAAAGGGCUGCAGUGGGGGGGCGAUGAGCGCCGGUGGUGUCGGUACCGGCUCUGGUCCUGGUUCUGGUCCUGGUUCUGGUUCUGGGCUGGACCGGAGCAGGGUCGGGCAGAGGCUGCAGGCGGCUGUGGCCGGCCUCCAGGAGCUGCAUCUGCUCCGGGACCGGCAGAGCGACAUGGUCCAGUGGGCUCUGAGGGUGGACCGAGAGGAACCGGUCAGCUCUGUGCACGCGGGACCGGAGGAUCCGAGGAUGACGACGAUGAUGAUGAUGAUGGGGGGGGCUGAAGAGCAGCGGCUGGAGGCGACCCUGACAGCCCUGAAGCAGCAGCUGUCUCGCCUUCGUAAACAGGACGUUGGUCUGAAGUCCCACCUGCAGCAGCUGGACCAGCAGAUCAGUGAACUAAAGCUGGAUGUGAACAAGGCGUCCAUGGAGCAGCUGGAGAGUGACAGCAGGCCCAGUUCAGGUUUCUACGAGCUCAGCGACGGCGGCUCCUGCUCGCGCUCCAACUCGUGCACCUCGGUUUACAGCGAGUGUCUGUCGUCGUCCCAGACCAGCCUCCCGCCCCCCGUCGGCCCCGCCGCUUCUCACGCGGACCGCCCGUCGCAUGUGGACGUGAGCCGCCGGCGGUCAGCUGAUGAGAGCUCCGCCCAGCCAGGCCUCCAACGCGCCAAAGGCCUCCAUCUGGGCAGCAGCAGGAUCCGCGCAAACACUAAUGGACCGGAACCGGCCCGACCCAGACCGGUGUCGACAGGUGAUCUUGACAGGAUGAUGGUUCAAGGACUGAGCUACUACAGACCUGCAGAUCCAAAGAAUCCCUCUGUGUGUCCAAACCUGAAGACGACCACCGUGGACCCCAAGUUCCACAGCAACCUGGUGUCCCGCAGCGGGGCUGAGGUGUACCACUACCCCAGCCCUCUGCACGCCGUGGCCCUCCAGAGCCCCAUCUUCUCCCUCUGCAGCGAACCGGCCACGCCUGGACUCACGGUGGGUCAAGGGCCCCCGAUGAACGGUUCCGAAACCCACCAAAGGGCUCAAUUAAGCCACGACAACAAGACGCUGGGUUACAUCGACAAACUGCUCCGGCGCAGUUUGAGCAAAAUCCACUCUGAGACUGUGAGGGCCCAGAACCAGAGGAAGCCUCCACAGACUGUGUUUUCUAAUGGGUCUCAGAAGGAGGUGUCAGUGACGCAGACCCUCCCGGCACAGAGCGUAGUCCCACCAGAUACCGACCCGAAGAGACCCUGCAUGGCGUACAGCAGUCAGGAGGCCCCCGAUAACGCAGACCACAGCGUGAGGGCUCCGGAGGCCUCACACCGGUACUCCUACCCGGCCUCCACCAGGGAGUACAGCUCCGAUGAGGUCACCAUCUCUUCCCUGAGGAAGAACGAGAAAAACCAGGGAGAAUAUGCAAGUGUAACAAGAAGCCAUUCAGAGCAGAGGUGUGGGGAUAAUCUGGAGCCGAGGCAUCAGGAGAGGAAGGGCCACAGGAGGCCGGCGGUGGGGCGCAGCUCCAGCACCGAGGAAGGUCAUGGGUUUGAGGUCCAGGCUCCCCACAGCGCCUCCCCUGAGUUUGUCCACGCCAGAUUUGUCCCUGCCGGGUCACAGAGAGUCAAGGUGAGACUGGCAGACCGCAAAACCAAAUCGGUGAAGCUGAGAAGAAAAGGCGGAGAGAAACCUCGAGCGCUGAGGCACCAACAUGGCUACUCCUCGAGCGAACGCACCAGAGAGCCCAGCGGCGGAAGUAAAGGGGAGCAGAAGAGGUCCGGGAGGGGCAAAGGGACCCAGAAAGCCAGCACCGAGGAGCGCAGGCAGGGCUCAGGGUCCGACUCCAGCCACUGCAGCCCCAUGUACACCCAGAAGGUCCACCCUAAACCAGGUCCCAACCCAGCUGUUGGCAAGUCCGGCAACAAACACCGGAGACUGCAGAGCCUGGAAUAUGACCCCCCUGUGGAGCCGAGGAAGAGGAGGCCGGGCUCUGCCAAGUGGCCUUCUGAAGUGGAGAUGUUCCAGACCUCGUGUGCUCAUCGUCAGAGGUCAAGAGACCACCAUACUCAGCCCCACAUGGUCCGCAGUUUGAGCGCCAAGUCCGGCCAGUGGAUCGGACCUCAUCACUCCUUCCGCUCCUCCGUGUCCUCCAACUCCUUCCUCCACAGUCUCAACACUAGAUACCCUCCUGCCCCCUUCCACCUGACCAGCCUCUACCCGCCCAGAUGCGAGUCCGAGUACUCGGCCGAGUGCGCCUCCCUGUUCCACUCCACCAUCGCAGAAAGCAGCGAAGGGGAAAUGAGCGAUAACACGACCAACCGCUUUGGAGAUAGUGAGUCCAGCCAGAGCUUCCAGUCCUUCUCAGACUCUGACAGCAGCCUCUCUGUGGACGAGGAGGAGGAGGAGGAGGAGGAAGGUGACCUGGUGUGGGCCGAGGCAGCGCUGGGGCCCACAGCGGCCGGGCUGCCCCUCCAGCAGCCCCCACGCCCCCAACCCUCCACCUGCCGCAUCAAAGCCUCCAGAGCCCUGAAGAAGAAGAUCCGUCGGUUCCAGCCUGCCUCCCUAAAGGUCAUGACCCUGGUUUAGUCUGGGCUCCUCCAGGCAGAAACAGGCUGUUGGGACAACAGAGCGCUGUGGGAAACCCUGGUCUGGGAAACCCUGGUCUGGGAAACCCUGGUCUGGAAGACCUCACCUGGUUUUUCAGCCCUUCAUUUUCUCUGAGACACAGUAAUUAAACUGGACUGUAAAUGUGCACUGAUUAUUGUUUGUUGAUAAGGCUGCAUCUGGACUAAACCAGCACAUUGUAUUGUAUAAAAGCAUGUAGAACAACAAUUAUUGUACUUACACUUAAUGUGUGAAUAUUUAUGACGUCCUUAUAUGUUGUGGCUGCAUUUGACAAUUUCAUGGACGGUUAUUCCGUCAGUGCUUUGACAAAUAAAACAAUCUUUUCACAUUAUUUUCUUAUUUUAAAAAUCAUUUGUAAAUUUCUUUAUUUUUCUCAUCUAUUAUAAUGAUCAUUCUCUGAAAAAUAAACAGCUUUCUAAUAUACAUGGA